UCUAAUUGGAAAUUUGGUUUAUACAUUCAUGAACUCGUCUUGAUGCGAUGCGAUGCGUGUGUGAUGAAAUUUGGCCUGAAAAACGCAAAAUCAUAUACUUUAAAAGCGAUGCGCCGUCCAGCUGAUCAACCAGUCAGCUGGAGUUCGCUUCUUAGUUCGGUCGGUUUGUAUACAAAGUAAAACGGGCAGCUCGCAAGGUGUGAUCAAUCAUGAAGGAUUUCAUCAUCCUGUCCGUACUUAUUGCCGUCGUGGCCGGUGCUGCCAUUGACUCGCAGGAAAAAACCGUCGAAAAGCGUGACCUGUUUGACGAGCUGGAAGACUACGCCCAAGAGUCCAAGCCGGUGACCAUCACCAAGAAGGUCCCGGUGCCGUACCCGGUCAAGGUUGAGAAGAAGGUGCCCGUCUACAUCGAAAAGAAGGUCCCGGUGUACAUCACGAAGAAGAUUCCGGUGCCCGUGGACCGACCAGUGCCCGUGCCGGUGAAGGUUCCAGUCAAAAUUCCCGUCGUGCACAAGCAGGUCGUCCGAGUUCCCAAGCCGUACCCGGUCAUUGUGAAGAAGCCGUAUCCGGUGUUUGUGAAGAAGCCCGUUUACGUCGAGAAACCGGUGGAACUGACGCUCCACAUUAAGAAGAAGCAGAAGCAUUAGGGUUUAAGAAGAGAUUUUUGGUUAAUUUAAUAUAUUUGUAGCUCUAAUUUUGUGACUGUGAUUUUGCGAGAGAGCAAUUCCAGCUCAAAUCAGGAUUUUUUCUGGUACUUUUGUACCCGACCCUCUCCGAUUUCAAUGAAACUUUGUAGACAUGUUAUCCUGGGCCUAUAUAAGCCAUUUUUGUGUAUAUGGAGCCAAUAGUACUCGAAAAUAACAUUUGAGAAGGGCGUUAUGUAUUUAAAUAUUUUUGUAUUUUGUAAUUUAAAAAUUACUGUAUCUCGAAGCCGUUGCGUCGUAUCAAAAAGUGGUCAAAGACAAACUUGUAGGAAAUUGGACGGGCUUUCUGAAAAAAUACACUGAAACAAAAAUACACGCCACAUCAAUGAGAUUUUUUGAUUUUUAAGUCUAAAACUUAAAUUUAAAGGUGAUGUCACGAUUUUUUUUCGUUCAAAAUUUUUGAGGAAAUGGCCUAAAAUGUAACCAAAAGACUGACGAAAAAUGCAGGAUGGUAUGUCUCUUCUAAAAAAAUACAAAAAUCAUUUACUAAAAAAGUUUUUUUGAAAAAUGGUCUAAACGUCAAAAUUUUUAAAAACCGGUAGUGGCAAUCGAUUCUCCAGACAAUUUUACAUAAAAGUCUCCAUAUUGACCAUUGUCCUAUGUCCAAUCCUUGGGAAGAUACAGCGGUUUUAAAAAUAAAAAUGUUGAAAAAACGGGUUUUUUGGUGGUUUUUGGCAAUUUCUAUAUGACAGACUUGGUUUUUCAGCCUCGUAAAUAU